UUCUCCCGCGUUAAACGAAUGUCUUUAUUGCAUUUAUUUUUUGUUUCUUAGUUUUAUGUUGCCCAGGGUAGAAUAUGCGGAGAAGUUUUGCUCCUAGUCAAUUGGCAAAGAGGAAAACAUCUCCUCCAUUGCUUCCUAUGAAACGAAAUAGGAAUAUUGAUUCUCAAACAUUAAAAGAUAAUAACGGAGAAAGAAAACCCGGCGAUUAUAAAACUGGAAGUGAAGACGCAGUUGGUAAAGAAAAUAUUAGUCAUGAAGAAUUAAUCAGACAAAUACUUUCUAAGCCAUUUCGAGUUCCGAUUCCUAAUUAUAAUGGUUCAUAUCGACACCGUACUUUGGGUCUUCGGCGAUCUGGAGUUAAAACGGCAUUGCAUGAUCCCGACGAAGAGGGCUCAUUAGUGUUAUAUACUCCUGUUGCAACAACCGUUCAUGAACAACUUCUGAAAACAACUACUGCAAAAGUUGAUGUACAUGUUGUAGUCGAUCCUUUAUUAUCUAAAAUUUUACGACCUCAUCAACGUGAAGGCGUGAAGUUUAUGUGGGAUUGUAUAACUGGACUGCAGAUCGAAAACAGCUAUGGUUGUAUUAUGGCAGACGAAAUGGGACUUGGUAAGACUCUGCAGUGUAUUACUUUAUUAUGGACAGGCCUACGCCAAGGCCCAUCUGCAAAGCCUAUUAUAGAGAAAGCUAUUAUUGUAGCUCCCAGCAGCUUAGUGAAAAACUGGGAGAGAGAAGUUGGAAAGUGGCUUGGUGGCAGGGUAAGUGUACUUGCCAUAGACGGAGGAAGUAAAAGUGAAAUCGACAAGAAGUUGGAAAGUUUUGUAUAUGCUGUUGGGAGAGCUGUCAUACCAAUUUUAAUUAUUUCUUAUGAAACUUUUCGACUUCAUGCGAGUGUUUUGUACAAGACUGAAAUUGGUUUGGUGAUUUGUGAUGAAGGCCACAGACUUAAAAAUUCAGAAAACCAGACAUAUCAAGCUCUUGAUAAAUUAGUGGCUAAAAGAAGAGUAUUAUUGUCUGGUACUCCAAUCCAAAAUGAUCUUCUUGAAUAUUUCAGCCUUAUACAAUUUGUUAACAAAGACAUAUUAGGGACUGCUCAAGAGUUCAAAAAGCGAUUUGAAAGGCCAAUUCUUCGAUGCCGUGAUAUUGAUGCUACUGCUGAAGAACAAGCAAAAGGUAAAGAAAAACUAGAGGAAUUGAUUGCCAUUGUAAAUCGGUGUAUGAUUAGAAGAACAUCUCAAUUACUGUCUAACUAUCUUCCAGUAAAGAUUGAGCUUGUAGUUUGUUGUGAAAUGACAGAUUUACAGAAGAGCUUGUACAGUCACUAUGUAAAUUCUCAAGCUGUUUCCAAAGCUCUGGACUCAAACAGCAAAAUAAGUGCUCUUUCAGCUGUUACAAGUUUGAAAAAAAUUUGCAAUCAUCCAGAUUUGAUUUUGGAACUGGCCCAGCAAAACAAAGAUGGUUUAGGAUGUUGUUUGAAAUUAUUUCCUUCUAAACAUAAUGGUAAAAAUUUAGUCCCAGAAUUAUCUGGUAAAAUGAAAGUUCUGGAUGGUAUUUUAGCAGUUGUUAAGGCUACAAGUAAUGACAAAGUUGUCUUGGUUUCCAAUUACACUCAAACUUUAGAUUUGUUUGAAAAGCUGUGUCAGUUGAGGAAUUAUACAUUUGUUCGUUUAGAUGGGACUAUGACUGUGAAGAAACGUGGAAAAAUUGUUGAGAAUUUCAAUGAUCCUAAUAGUGGUUUGUUUAUAUUUAUGUUAAGUAGCAAAGCUGGUGGGUGUGGUUUAAAUUUGAUUGGUGCUAACAGGUUAAUAAUGUUUGAUCCUGAUUGGAAUCCAGCGAAUGAUGCUCAAGCUAUGGCACGAGUUUGGAGAGAUGGUCAAAAGAAGGAAUGUUUUAUAUAUCGUUUGUUAUCCACUGGAACCAUUGAUGAAAAGAUUCUUUUGCGACAAACCCACAAAAAAGGUCUUAGUAGUUGUGUUGUUGAUGAAGAAGAGGUUGAACGGCACUUCAGUCUUUCAGAACUUAAAGCUUUAUUUCGUUUAGAGUCGGAUACUUUGAGUGAUACACAUGACAAAAUUCGAUGCUCUCGAUGUGUGAAUGGCAUUCAAGUAACACCACCUCCAGAAAGUGCAACCUGCAAUAAUGAUUUGUCACAAUGGCAUCAUUCUAAAGACAAAAAGAAUGUUCCAGAUCAUGUUCUUAAAUCUUGUUGGAAUACUGGUGUCACUUUUGUAUUUUUCCAGAAAUCUCAUGAAAAACGAUAUAUACCUUAAAAUAUUAUCAAAUACUAUGGCAUAAGGAUCUUUUUAUUUCAUUUUAUUGAAAAAUCUUUAGAAUACUCAAGUUUCAUUCUGUUAAAGCUGGAUAUUUUAUUUACAGAACAUUUAAUGUUUAUGCUGACCUUACUGCAUUCAAGUAACAUUAUUAACUGAAUGUAUUUUUGAGGAUUUGCCAUUAUUGCAUUGUUUUAAGGACAAAGAGAAUGUCCUAAAUUAUUUUGUUAGCAUUUUUUACAGCACUUAAUUUAAUAUUGUAUAUAUGUUCUACAUUAUAAUAAA